AUGUCCGCCUCCACAAGAAUUCCCCCCAUCGCUCAACCCUUUGUGAGCGACCGGGCAAAGAAGGUCCUCGACCUGGUUGAAGAAUUCGUCGAGAAAGACUGCAUCCCCGCCGAAGCUGUCUUCCAGGCCCAGCUCGGCGAAGGUGAGAAGAGAUGGCAGACUACCCCGGCUGUGCUAGAGGAGCUCAAAGCCAAGGCCCGGAAGCUGGGCCUGUGGAACAUGUUCCUGCCCAAGAACCACUUUUCCCAGGGUGCUGGGUUCAGUAACCUGGAGUAUGGUCUGAUGGCCGAGUAUCUCGGCAAGAGCAAACUUGCUUCUGAGGCGACGAAUAACUCUGCCCCUGACACCGGUAACAUGGAGGUGCUGGCCAAGUAUGGCAAUGAGUCGCAGAAGAAGCAGUGGCUUGUUCCUCUGCUCGAGGGCAAGAUCCGCUCUGCUUUCCUCAUGACCGAGCCUGAUGUUGCGUCGAGUGAUGCCACAAACAUUGAGCUGAACAUCCGGCGCGAAGGCAAUGAGUACGUUCUCAACGGAUCGAAAUGGUGGUCGUCCGGCGCUGGUGACCCCCGUUGCGCAAUCUACCUGGUCAUGGGCAAGUCCGACCCGACCAACCCAGACCCCUACCGCCAGCAGUCCGUCAUCCUCGUGCCCGCUGGACUUCCCGGCAUCACCGUGCACCGGAUGCUGACCGUAUAUGGCUAUGACGACGCCCCGCACGGCCACGGCCACAUCUCCUUCAACAACGUGCGCGUGCCCGUCUCGAACAUGGUCCUAGGAGAGGGCCGCGGCUUCGAGAUAAUCCAGGGCCGCCUGGGCCCCGGCCGCAUCCACCACGCGAUGCGCACCAUCGGCGCCGCCGAAAAGGCCCUCGAGUGGCUCAUCGCCCGCGUCAACGACGACCGCAAGAAGACCUUCGGCAAGCCUCUGUCCGCCCACGGCGUCAUCCUCGAGUGGAUCGCCAAGUCCCGCAUCGAGAUCGACGCCGCCCGCCUCAUCGUCCUCAACGCCGCCAUCAAGAUCGACCAGGGCGACGCCAAGUCCGCCCUCAUGGAGAUCGCCCAGGCCAAGGUCCUCGUCCCCCAGACCGCCCUGACCGUCAUCGACCGCGCUGUCCAGGCCUACGGCGCCGCCGGUGUCUGCCAGGAUACGCCCCUGGCCAAUCUGUGGGCCAUGAUCCGGACGCUGCGCAUCGCCGACGGACCCGAUGAGGUCCACCUGCAGCAGCUUGGUAGACGCGAGAACAAGUCGCGCCAGGACGCCAUUGUCGCCAAGCUCAAGUACCAGAAGGAGGAGGCGGAGCGGUUGCUGUUGGCUAGUGGAUUCCAGAAGCCCAAGAGUCAUCUGUGA